AUGGCCUCUUCCCACUCUUACCAAACAAAAUCACUUCUUCUUCUUAUUCUGCUUCUUCAGCUAAGCUUUGCAAAAAUGUGUUUUGGAGCAAGAAAGCUCGCUUCGCUUUACCAACCACCAACAAUGGUUUUAACUUACCAUCAAGGUGAUUUGCUUGAAGGAGACCUCCAUGUCUCUAUCCUAUGGUACGGGAAAUUCUCACCAGCCCAAAAGACCAUUAUCGUAGACUUUCUUCUCUCUCUAACUCCACAUCAAACACAACAGGGUCUCUCUCCUAAAGCCCCUUCAGUCUCUCAGUGGUGGCAAACCAUUGAAACCUACAUGAUAAAAGCAGGCAAAAGAGAGACCAUUAUUGUCUUAUCUAAUCAACUCACAGAUGAAACCUGUUCAUUGGGUAAAACCCUAAAACGGACAGACAUUUCCAAGUUGGUUCAGCGGGUCAACUCAAAACCCUCUGGGUUAACCCUUGUUCUCACAGCUGAAGACAUUUCAGUAGAAGGCUUUUGCAUGAGUAAUUGCGGGUUUCAUGGGUCAAACCCGAUAGAUAAAUCGGUUUUCAUCUGGGUUGGUAACUCGGUGACUCAGUGCCCAGGUCAAUGCGCGUGGCCAUUCCAUCAACCCAUUUAUGGACCACAGACUCCACCACUGGGUGCGCCAAACGGGGACGUUGGGUGCGAUGGCAUGGUGGUAAAUAUUGCAAGUCUUUUGGCCGGAGCUGUAACGAAUCCUCUAGGAAACGGCUAUUUUCAGGGCUCGGCUGGCGCCCCACUCGAGGUGGCUUCGGCUUGUACCGGGAAGUACGGCAAGGGGGCUUACCCGGGCUAUGCUGGAGAGUUGUCAGUAGAUUCAGCUACUGGAGCCAGCUAUAAUGCGUACGGUGCAAACGGGAGGAAAUAUCUUUUACCCGCUUUGUUUGACCCGAAUACUUCUGAGUGUUCCGUAAUGGCUUGA